CUUUUCUUCCUUGGGAACCUUUGUUCUGUCGUCUCGUUUAUCGCACGGCGACUGUUUUGAAACUGAAAUUUCAAUCACGCUGGAAGGAGGCCUCAGAUAUGGUUUGUCUGCAUGCCUUACGGACUCUCCUCCCUGCUACGGCCCGAGGUUUGAUCCGACACAACAAAAUCAGCCUCCGCAACACCUCGGGCAUGUCUGCUGGCUAUAACCAAGCCAAUGUGGUCAUCCUGCACCGAUCACUGGCUGAUGACUUUGAGAAGUUCUGCCGAGCUAACAGCGGCCCCCUUCCCCUGUUAUAUCGCAGUGCUCCAGGUGAAUGGAAGUGUCCACCUCUGAGUGCCGAGUCCGAUAUACGGACAGACUGCCUCCUGUAUCGGAGGUAUGAAAAUGGCACCUUCGCAGGAAGUCACUCCAGCCUUGAGAACUACUCAGAGUCGCUGAAGGACAUGGUGACCUUUUAUCUGGGCUGCAGCUUCUCUUUCGAAAGCGCUGUGCAAAAACUCGGGGUGCCUGUGAGGAACGUGGAGCAGGGGCGUAAUGUGAGCAUGUACAAGACGGCUGUCCCCUGCCACGGGGUGGGCAAAUUCUCCUGCAGUCUGGUGGUCACCAUGCGGCCAAUUCCUCAGGACAAACUGGACGCAGCAGCAAUAGUGACGCACCCUAUGAAGCAAUGUCAUGGAGCCCCCAUCCAUAUCGGCUCCCCAGAUUUUCUAGGUAUAAAGGAUCUUCAGAAAACAGAUUAUGGCGACCCAGUAGAGGCUCAGCCGGGGGACGUCCCCGUCUUCUGGGCUUGUGGUGUCACUGGCGUUGAAGCCGUCAUAAGCUGCAAGUCUCCCCUGGCGUUCACACAUUCUCCCGGCUGCAUGUUCAUCACGGACCUAAAGAACGAGGACGCACCAGAGUCCGACUCGGGUCAGACCCCUCGGGUCAUUCAGAUCUCCUCUGACCCUCUACACUACAGCCUGGUCUCGCAGCGGGCGGCAGAGAAAAUCAGAGCGCUGGAGAAGAUCAUUGGAGUUGAUCCAGGUGACCGGGGAAUAAAGAACCUUCUGGUCCAGGACGAGCUGCUGAAGUCUUGUUUGUCUUUAUCUCAUGCCAAAUCCGUCCUGAUAACCACAGGCUUCCCCACCCACUUCCAGCACCAACCUCCAGAGGAAACCGAUGGACCACCGGGGGCAGUCGCCAUGGCGGCCAUGCUGCAGGCUCUGGGGAAGAAGGUCGCCAUAGUGACAGAUGAUCGUGCCAUUGAAAUGAACAGGAGCAUCCUAGAGAAAGCAGUAGAGCAAGGAGUGCUGAAAACACCCGUGCCUUUGUUAUCUUACAAAGAGGACGCUGCAUUGAAAUUCUUGUGCGAGAGCGGAGACCCGGCCACGCCCAGGUUUGACCACUUAGUAGCCAUAGAACGAGCUGGCCGGGCCAGUGACGGGAAUUAUUACAAUGCCAGGAAAAUAAACAUCAAACAUUUGGUGGAUCCCAUCGAUGAUUUAUUUGAGGCUGCGCAGAAUAUCCGCGGUAUAUCCACAACCGGGAUCGGCGACGGAGGGAAUGAACUCGGUACCGGCAAGGUGAAAGAACUGGUGAGAAAGCAUAUCCCAAACGGUGACACCAUCGCCUGUGACGUGGCUGCUGACUUUACCGUCAUCGCUGGCGUGUCUAACUGGGGAGGUUACGCCGUAUCGUGCGCCCUCUAUCUCCUAAAUACUUGUGAGAUACAUGAGCGAUACCUGAGGAGAGCCGUCGGAUUCCCCAGGUCGUCAGAGCGAGAGAGCUGGGUGUCCUCACUUCCUUCCGUCAGUAAGGAGGAGAAGCUGCUGGAGAUAUUAGUACAACAUGGAGUCCGCAGCGGGAAGACCGGAAAUCUGGCCAUGGAGGUUGAUGGACUUCCAUUCUUCAACACCCAUUCUGACAUGAUCCGAAGUCUACUAGAUGAUACAUUGUAACCAGCGAACUGUCACCGGGUCAGACCUACCUGCACCGUAUGCCUCAUACCGGGCCUGGUGUCUUCAUA